GCUCUCCCCACCGACAACGCUCUCCCAGCCCAUCAACGACGAACGACGAACGACGACGAACGACUACGACCAUCACAACCUCCAACAGGAGUUAACCAACGACCAAUUGCGACUGUCGUCUCGAUUCGAUACGAACACACAACACACAAUGCCGGACGCUCCCCUUAACUGGCGCCUCUCCGCGCACCCGAUAACGCUCUGUUUCUUCCUCGCCUUCCGCCUCGCCUCGCUCUUGACGUACCUCUUCGGCCUCUGGUUCUCCAGCAACUUCGUUCUAAUCUUCAUCAUCGUGACCCUCCUCCUCUCCGCAGACUUCUACUAUGUAAAGAACAUAGCCGGGCGGCGGCUCGUCGGGUUGCGAUGGUGGAACGAGCCGUCUGCGUCCCCCGCCUCGACAGCGAACAGCGCAGACUCAGGGAGCACAUGGAUCUUCGAGUCCGCGCCGCCGGAGCGCGUAGCCAACGCGACGGACACGCGCUUCUUCUGGCUGAGCUUGUAUGCGUCGCCCGUGCUGUGGGUGCUCCUUGCCGUCGUCGCGAUCCUGCGGUUUGAGUUUAUUUGGUUGUCGCUUGUGGUGGUGGCGGUGGUGCUGGGUGUUACCAAUGGAGUCGCGUUCUCCAGGGCCGAUAGGUUCGGGAAUGCGUCGAGUUUUGCGGGAAGGGCCAUGCAGACGGGUGUGGGCGGGUGGGCGGGAAGGUUGGCGGGCAGGAUGAUGUGGGGUGGGAGGUAG